CGACGCCAUACGACACAUAUAUCUCAAAAGACAAGUGACAAAUUGUGAUUCAAUUCAGAUAAGAUAUGGAAGAUGCUGGCGACAACUCCGGUCCGGCCUGGUCAACAUUUUCACGAUAUCUCAGAGCGUCGUCACGAAUCCUCUGUGUUGUCGGUGCUGGACUUAGCGCACCAUCAGGCCUAUCCACCUGGCGAGGAACAGAUGGUCUCUGGAACAACAACAAUCUAAAAGAUCUUGCAUCGCCGGAGAGAUUCCAAGAGGAUCCUAUCACCGUUUGGAAGUUCUACGGUGAGAGAUUACUCGCGUCGUUAGCUGCUGAACCGAAUGCAGCGCAUCAUGCGUUGGCGGCUCUUGCUCAGCGAUAUGAAGGAUGGUUGACGGUCAACCAGAACGUUGAUGGGCUUCUCGAGCUUACGGAAUAUCCUCCGUCUCAACUAUUGUCCAUCCAUGGCUCGCUGAGAACAGUUCGAUGUACCAUGUGUGACUAUCAUAUCAACGUUGAGAAGCCAGGCGACCUUCCAUUCUUACUCUUAUUGAACAGCACCAGUGACCAGCCUCAUACACCAAUCUUAUCAGACCUACCACAUUGCCCAAGAUGUAGAAAUAUGUUACGUCCGGCGGUUGUUUGGUUUGGCGAAACGCUCGCAGCUGACGCGCCAGAUAGUGUUGAUAGGUGGAUUUCUGAGGAGUCUGUUGAUAUGGUGAUCGCUGCUGGGACAAGCUUACAAGUCUUUCCAGCCGCAGAAUGGGUGGCGACUGUACAUGAAUGCGGUGCAGCUCUGGCUAUCAUUGACACGAUUCGGGAUGACGAUAUGGCGAGUGAAUGCGACUGGUUCAUCCAGGGGGAUGUCCAGAUCAUCCUGCCCAGCAUAUUAGAUACUCUUGAUAUUGAUGGCUCGAGAGGAGCUGGUGAAUGAGUUCAUUUACUAGUUUUUCACUGUUGAAUAUUAUUGCGUAUAAACGCCUCUAUAGCAGGAGGCAUCACAAACACGACCUGAGGAGAGGUAGGAUAGAUAGACACUCGACACUGUGGAUAGGUCUUUAUAGGUAGGUGGAUGAUGCCUUGCUCUCUUUCGGUUGCCCUGAUCUAUCUAUACAUGCUCUGCCUAGUUCCCUUCCCUCCAUACGCGAUCCCCGAGUAGCCUCACCUAGCCUGCUGCACCACAAUAUGUCGUGGACGCCGGGGGAUUGAGACGCAAGAU